CCUCUCCUCCCUCCGCCUUUCCGCGCCCCCGCCGCUCGCGCCGCCGGAAGUGGGAGGUGUCGCGCGCGGGCGGGCGCUCGACCCCUCCCCCGAGCCGCGGCCGCCCCCUCCCCCCGCUCCGCCCGCUCAGAGCGUGAUGGCGGCGGCGUCGGAGGCGAGCGACGCCCCUGAGCCUCCGCCCGCGGCGGCCGCCGGUCUGUGCGCUUCCAAGUCCGAAGACGCCCGCCCGGAAGGGCUGAGUCCCAAAGACCCUGCACAGAAGCACAAGAGCUCUCUUCUGUCGAGUGUAAGUAGCCAAAUGAUAACCAAGGAGAAUAACAGAAAUGCCUAUUUGGAACACCCAGAGCAGAAUCCUGGUUCAUCAGCAGGUGACACGCCAGCAGCGCACCGGGCGGUUUUAGGAGAACACUUGCUAGCCACAGCCCUUGGUCUUUCUGGCGGUGGGUCUCAGUCUGAUGUGAAGGACGUGGUCAACAAAGCAGGCGAGGAGGGGGACACUCGUCUGCGGGAGAGCCUCCAGCCAGUCACUCUUAAGGCAGGGUGCCCUCCAAAGCAGCUUGCCUCCGGGAAUGGUUCUGAAGAGCAAGGCCCACAAGCGUCCGCCCCAAAGGAAGGUAGCAGGGACACAGGCUUGGAUUUCCGACCUGUGGUGCCUCCGGCAAAUGGGGUGGAAGGAGACAGAGUGGAUCAGGAUGAUGAUCAGGAUAGCUCUUCCCUGAAGCUUUCUCAGAACAUUGCUGUACAGACUGAUUUUAAGACUGCUGAUUCAGAGGUAAACACCGAUCAAGAUAUUGAAAAGAACCUGGAUAAAAUGAUGACCGAGAGAACUCUAUUAAAGGAACGUUAUCAGGAAGUCCUGGACAAGCAGAGGCAAGUGGAGAAUCAGCUCCAGGUACAGUUAAAGCAACUUCAGCAAAGGAGAGAAGAAGAAAUGAAGAAUCACCAGGAGAUAUUAAAGGCCAUCCAGGAUGUCACAAUAAAGCGAGAAGAAACAAAGAAGAAGAUAGAGAAAGAAAAGAAGGAGUUUUUACAGAAGGAGCAGGAUCUGAAAGCUGAAAUUGAGAAGCUUUGCGAGAAGGGCAGAAGAGAGGUGUGGGAAAUGGAACUGGAUAGACUCAAGAAUCAGGAUGGUGAAAUAAAUCGCAAUAUUAUGGAAGAGACAGAACGGGCCUGGAAAGCAGAGAUCCUGUCACUAGAGAGUCGGAAAGAGUUGCUGGUAUUGAAAUUAGAAGAAGCAGAAAAAGAGGCAGAAUUGCACCUUACUUACCUCAAGUCAACUCCCCCAACACUAGACACAGUUCGUUCCAAACAGGAGUGGGAGACAAGACUAAAUGGAGUUCGGAUGAUGAAAAAGAAUGUUCGGGACCAGUUUAACAGUCAUAUCCAGCUAGUGAGGAAUGGAGCCAAGCUGAGUAGCCUUCCUCAAAUUCCUACUCCUACCUUACCUCCACCCCCAUCAGAGACAGACUUCAUGCUUCAGGUGUUUCAGCCCAGUCCCUCUCUGGCUCCUCGGAUGCCCUUCUCCAUUGGGCAGGUCACAAUGCCCAUGGUUAUGCCCAGUGCAGAUCCCCGAUCCUUGUCUUUCCCAAUCCUGAACCCUGCCCUUUCCCAGCCUAACCAGCCUUCCCCACCCCUUCCUGGCUCCCAUGGGAGAAAUAGCCCUGGCUUGGGUUCCCUGGUCAGCCCCCAUGGUCCACACGUGCCCCCUGCCGCCUCCAUCCCGCCUCCCCCAGGCUUGGGUGGUGUUAAGGCUUCUACUGAGACUCCCCGGCCCCAGUCAGUAGACAAACUGGAGAAGAUCCUGGAGAAGCUGCUGACCCGGUUUCCACAAUGCAAUAAGGCCCAGAUGACCAACAUUCUGCAGCAGAUCAAGACAGCACGUACCACCAUGGCAGGCCUGACCAUGGAGGAACUGAUCCAGUUGGUGGCUGCACGGCUGGCAGAACAUGAGCGAAUGGCAGCAAGUACUCAGCCACUUGGUCGGAUCCGGGCCUUAUUCCCUGCUCCAUUGGCCCAAAUCAAUACCCCCAUGUUCUUGCCUUCUGCCCAAGUUUCAUAUCCCGGAAGGUCUUCACAUGCUCCAGCCACCUGUAAACUGUGUCUAAUGUGCCAGAAACUUGUCCAACCCAGUGAACUGCAUCCAAUGGCAUGUACACAUGUGUUGCACAAGGAGUGUAUCAAAUUCUGGGCCCAGACCAACACAAAUGACACUUGUCCUUUUUGUCCAACUCUUAAGUAAUGGACGUGACUGGGGAGAAAGAAGAGGAGAAACUGAUGUGAACAGGAAGUGCGGGUUCAAGAUUUCUAAAACUCUAUAUUUAUACAGUGAUAUAUACUCAUGCCAUGUACAUUUUUAUUAUUAUAGGUAAUGUGUGUAUAGAAAGUCUGUAUUCAGAUGUUCGUAAAUGAAAGUAUGUAUAUUAUGCAGAAAUGGUCUGUCCCCCUCACCUUGAAGUUCCUUUGGGAGAUGCAGAUUGUAGGUAAGAUGAUGUGUAGUUUGCCCUUGAAAUUAUGAUAUCUUUGCCUAGGGCUAUUUUAAAAUACAAUAUAAAAACCAUCUAGGGAGCUGCUGCUGCUUUAAGGCCAUCCUGUUUUGAUUUGGCUCAGUCUCUAGUCCCAUUUUUCUUAAGGCUCAUGUAUGCAGAUUUGAACCCUGGUGCUCACCUGCUGUUCUGCCAGAUGCCUUGCUUACUGAAAGCCUCUAGAAGCCUCAGUGUUGUUCUAGUCACUCUAAACAGGUCAAAUGAGAACUGAUGAAGGAGAACAAGAAUUAUACCCUAAUAGUUUGACUUUUCUUUGAAUAUU